UGACGCAUCCACCCAUCAGCUGUUUUUUGUUUUGCUGUGUGAACAUUGGAAGUUAAUAACAUAAUAACAACAUAGAGUCGACUGAGGGAAGUGAAGCGGCUCAUUAAGGAGGUGUUAUCGUGUAUCUUUUACUCAGAUUUUGGUUAUAUAGUUCCCUUUGGUGUGUGUGUUGUUGAUGUGUGCCAUCUGAGCCAGAGACAUUCCUCUCUCUGAAGAGUGCGAGCGUGGCGCUUGGAGUCGGAUCGGAGGGGGCAGAGGAGGGAAGCGGGUUCCGGCGGGUUAGACCCGAGCCCCAAGGCCUCCGACCUCGGCCCAGCGGACCUGACGGCUCCGAUGGAGUCUCAGGAGAACCAGGACUCACCGGACGGCCUCGAUGCGCACCGAGCCUUCAUCUGUGCCUCCUUCAACCAGGACACCACGUAAUUCUCUGUCUGUGGGCACCAAAACCGGCUACCGGCUCUUCUCCGUCACUGCUGUGGACAAACUGGACUGCAUCCACGAGGGAGUAGAGUGUCAAGACGUGUACAUAGUGGAGCGACUGUUCUCCAGCAGCCUGGUGGUGGUGGUCAGUCUGUCCAUGCCACGGCGAAUGAACGUCUACCACUUCAAGAAAGGGACAGAGAUUUGUAACUACAGCUACUCCAACAACAUCCUCUCCGUCAGGCUCAACAGACAGCGGCUGGUGGUGUGCCUGGAGGAGUCGGUCUACAUCCACAAUAUCAAAGACAUGAAACUACUCAAAACCCUGCUGAACACACCCACCAACCCCACAGGUCUUUGCGCUCUCUCCGUCAACCACAGCAAUUCCUACCUGGCAUACCCUGGCAGCGCCACCAUCGGAGAGAUCACCGUCUACGAUGCCAACAACCUGAGCACUCUGACGUUGAUCCAAGCUCACGACAGUCCCCUGGCGGCCCUCACCUUCAACGCCUCCGGCACCAAACUGGCCAGCGCUUCAGAGAAGGGCACCGUUAUCAGAGUCUUCAGCGUCCCCGAGGGACAGAGGCUGUUUGAAUUCCGCCGAGGGAUGAAAAGAUAUGUUAGCAUCAGUUCAUUGUCCUUCAGCGCGGACGCCCAGUUCCUGUGCGCCUCCAGCAACACUGAGACAGUCCAUAUCUUUAAACUGGAGCAACACAGCCCGAGUCAAGAUGAGGAGUCUCCUACAUGGUCGGCGUACAUGGGCAAAAUGUUCACGGCAGCCAGCACCUACUUGCCCGCCCAGGUGUCCGACAUGAUGCAUCAGGACAGAGCCUUCGCCACGGUGCGACUCAACAUGUUCGGCCUGAAGAACAUCUGCGCCCUGGCUACGAUUCAGAAGCUCCCUCGCCUGCUGGUGGCGUCCUCAGACGGGUGUCUCUACAUUUAUAACGUGGAUCCACAGGAUGGAGGCGAGUGCGUCCUGGUCCAAAAACACAGGUUGUUUGACUCCAGCGAGGAGCAGGUGGACCAGAAGGAAGAGGAGAAUCCAGAGGACGUCUCUCCCCAACCAGCCAGCCAAUCAUACGCUGCCACUGUGGCUCUCCCUUCAACCCCGCCAUCCUCCACCACUCUCAUGGGUUACUCUGAGGAAGGUGGAGCCCAGAAAGGCGAGGUCAUCCCGGAGCACGAGUUCGCCGAGGGCCCCGUCUGUCUGGACGACGAGAACGAGUUCCCUCCGUUCGGCAACCAGAAUAACUGACCAAACCUCCCUCUCAUGAAACAUAACAAUCAGACUGUUUCAAGCAGGGAAGGUGGACAAAAUAUUCCUGUGUUGAGACAUCGUGGAUCCCCCACCCACCCUUCCACAUGCACCCCUGCUGGCUUAGGGUCAAAUCUCACCAGAACGUUACUUCCUGGUGUUUCUGUAUUCUGCGUCCCUCUCACUUUUUUUUAAGGAGUAAAGAUUAAAAAAAAAACAAAAAAACACUGUUAACUCCCAUAUUACGCCAUUAACAACAGUGUUAAACUUUUUAUAAAAUAAUGAAACCCUGACAACACAGUGAUGUUAUUGUUGCACAAUAUUAUCAUGGUAGCAAUCAGAUUAGUGAGCAGACUGAAUAUACAACAGGCGGGCCUGGCCUGCAGCCGAAUGUAGAGUAACCAGGGCUCGGAUUCACAAAAACGCUCUUAAGGGAGUUCACCUGAAAGGUCAUUUUUAGCAGCUUCUAAACAAGCUGAUUGCUAUCAGACAAUAAUAUAAAUAUAUUAUAAAAAACUCAUGUCUCGUUUAAAAAGUCUUAGAAAUGUGCGUCUGAAAAUCUAUCAUAAGGGCAUUUUUGUUAAUCGGGAAUCUGGGAGCUUAUCAAUGGGCAUUAAAUGCGUCAUCACAUCUCAGUAAACAGGAGCAGGAGUUCACUAAAGAAGGAAAAAGAUGUCGUAAGUGUGAUACACUAUUUAAAUCACGAUACAUGCGGUAAGUAUUAUAUGACUUGCAGAUGCAGCUGUCGUACUAAUUAUGGUAGCGAUAGAUGAGACUAAACACCUGCGGAGUCACAAAUGUAACCUGAUAAUAAUAUGUGGAGGAGGAAAAGCAGUCAACAGCUAACUGUGAAGAGCUUGAAGCUGUACGCGACAAAAAGUUACACGUCCUUGAAUUUCAGUGAUAUCCUGACGACCUUUUUAUUUACUACAUGAUGCUGAAUACAGUAUGUUAAGUCAUUUUUACUUUGAUGUAUUAAAUAUUCUUUUUUGCAAAAUGUUUUAAGUAUUACACAUCGAACGCAUAGACUUACCGUGCGUAAAUAUAUAUUGAGGAUUUUUACUGUGUGUAUAAAAUGUGUAUAUAUAACAUUUAUAUAUAGCACUGUUGUAAUAAGUAACAUGGUAAUACCAUUUGAUUUGCCAAAAGGUGGCGCUGUUAGGACACCAGUACGCUGCAUUGAGCUGUUCAAUACUGGACACCAGAAACUCAUUAAAGCUGAGAAGUGAUUCAA